UCGCAAAUUCAUCACUGCCCUUUAUCAGGAGCCGCCCGGCAUGAGGAGGAGGGAGGAGGAAGGUGAGCUAGGAGAUGUAAUUUAUUUCCCCUGUUCACAGCACUCGUAUAAGACCUCCUCGCGGCGGACGGGCGGAACGCGGGCAGUCGCAGGAGGCGGACAAUCACCGCGGGCAGUCGCAGACGCCUGGCCGUGAAGGCGCAGCAGCAGCGUCAGUUUCUGUGAAGAGCGGCACGGGGGGAGAGAGAGAGAGAGAGAGAGAGAGAGAGAGAGAGAGAGAGAGAGAGAGAGAGAGAGAGAGAGAGAGAGAGAGAGAGAGGCGAAAAUGGUGAGAAGGGCAGUUCUCGUGGGAGUGAGUUAUGCAGACAGCAUUUAUCUACCUAAGGUGCAGGGUGCAGAGAAUGACGUGCGGAAGGCGAAGUCGGUCUUAUCGGCCAAGUUCGGGUUCAAGGAGGAUGACAUGCGUGUGUUGAUAGACCGGCCUUGCCAUACGUACGGCAAGAACUGCGUGGUGCCUCCAACGAAGAAGAACAUUCUGGAAGCCAUCGAUUGGUUGGUGUGCGGCGCGUCGCCGGGCGACGUUCUGUUCUUCCAUUUCUCCGGGCACGGAUCCCAGCUCCCCGCCGGUCUGGGUUGCGCCGGCGAGGGCCUGGACGAUGUUCUGCUGCCCUCCGACGCGGGCCUCGGCCGCGACUCUGUGUCCAACUGCAUCACCGCUGACGAGUUCAAGUCUAAAUUCGCGCGCAUUCCUAAAGGAGUAACGACGGUCCAAGUCUUCGACACAGGCCUCGGCGUUGCCGACGCUUGCAGCUCCGCGGACAAGCGCGGGUAUUUCCUGGGGACAUGGUAUUCGAAGGUGUUGAGUUUUGGCGGGAAGACGCGCGAGCAGGGGAAAUUGGCGGCAAUAGCUGAGGCCUCGGCCGCCGCCUGCGAUAACGCGGCGAUGCGCAAGGUGCUGUUCCAGUGGCCGUCGGCGUGGUUCGCCGCAGCACACGGCGAUUCCGCGCUGGAAAGCUGCUUCGACGGGUGCGUAGCUGGUGUUUUCAGCCAUCAUUUCUACGAUUUGCUGUCCUCUCUCGAGGAGCCCUGCUUGACCAACGAACUGUUGUUGUCCUUCGUCUCCCGCGCUCUGCGCACCGCCGGUUAUAAGCAGCAACCGCAAUUUGCAGCCGUCGAUCGAUGCGUGGAUUUGUCGCCCAUCUUGCCUGUUUGCGUUCCUUCUCCUCCUCCUCCUCCUCUACCCGUUUCAGACUGCUGCCUCCCAACUGGUGUCGCUGUUUGCCCGGUUCCUCCCGCCGCCGACAAUGUGUGCGACACGAAGAAGCCUUCGCUGCCGCCGGCGCCGCCCGCUGUGGAAUUCCCGCGGCCGGAGGAACUUCUCGUCGGCGAACUUGUCCGCCUCCUCGGGAUUGCCGGAUUCGAUGUCGCUUGCCGGAUCCAGACAGGCUGGUCGAAGAUGACUGUCGAGGAGCAGAGGAAGGUGUACCUGGAGCUGCAGAGCUUGGGAGGGGUGGAGGCGGUCAAGCUCGGCGCGGAGCUCGCCGCGGACGUGUGCUUCUUCAAGCUGGUCUCGGAGUUCGGGGCCGACGCCAUUUACUUCGGCAGCGCCUCUGGGCAAUCGGUGGCGCGGAGCACUAGCGCCGUCACCGCGACCGAUCCCGAUCCCUCUCCGAACCCCUCGUCCGGCGAGGAGCUAGGGAGGUGCACGUGGAUGUUCCUCCAUGCCCUCGCCGACCAGUACCCCGACUGCCCUACCGAGCAGCAACGACGGGACGUCAACGAUAUUUUGAACAUAAUGACACGCAUCUACCCCUGCGAAGGCUGCGCAGACCAUUUCAAGCAGCUGCUUGAGGAGCACCCGCCGAGGACAUCGAACGGGUACGAGUUCCAGCAGUGGAUGUGCGAGACGCACAACGUGGUGAACAGGAAGAUAGGAAAGCCGGAGUACCCGUGUCACAAGCUUGUGCGACGUGCGCACACGAGCGCUUGCUUGGGCGGUGCGUGCCCCCCCCGUAGACCGGCCGCGGCGCCGGCGCCGGCGCCGAAGCCUGCAUACGUUCCGCCGCCUCCCGCUAUGGCCAAGCCUUCAUAUGUUCCGCCUGCCGCUGCGGCGAGCCCUGCAUAUGUUCCUCCUACCCCCGCGAAGCAGGUGGCGGCUGCUGCCCCUCCCGCACCACUCUCCGCUGCGCCGAAGGUGUCGGAGCAGACCAAGUCAGCAGCGCCGCCAAGCUGGCAGCACUCAUCGCCUCAUCUGCCCUGGAUGCCGCCCGUCGUCGCACGUACCCCUGCUUAUGCGUCGGACACCUAUCCGUUCCUGCGCGCCACGAACGCCGCCGCCCCCACGCGUCCAUCGUAUGAGAAGAAGUCCUCCGCUGUCAAGCCUGCAGCACCCGUCACAGCGCCCGCCGCUCCUGCAGCGCGCCGAUCGUGCCCCUACUGCCCCGCCGGCAGGGCAUGAUCCGCCCACUUGCGGACCCUCCCCCCCUCCGUCCCCCCCCCAGCCCCAGCACACAGACACAUACACGCGCGGUUUGGAUUCGCUCUGCCAUUCAUCGUCCACGCUGAUUGGCGGAGAUCUGCUGCCAUCGAGGAUGCAGUUGGGAGGUGGGAGCUGGGACCAACACAUAGUCAAAAGAGCCUGAGAGCCUGAGAGCCUGAGUGGGAGUAGGGUCGAAAUUGGGGUCUAGUAUAGUAGGGGAAGAAAGAUGACAAGUGCCAGAACUUUCUACUUUGGCCUGGGUAGUUGUCGUUGUCUGCGCAAUCCGUUUGUUAGGAGGGGUGAUCGGAUGUUUUUUGUCCGUCAGAUUCGAUGAAUCAGAUGAAUUUUUAUGUUUAAGCAACGGCCGCGAUGUUAUCUCUAAGCUAACGAGAACGGCGCGACUGAAUGUGGACGUAGUUGAGGUCCGAUGGAAUGCAAUCUCUUACUAUGACUCUGCUCCUCGCUUCCUUCUUUCUGCCCUUGGUCGGGACAUGGUUGGAGUGAGGAGGUUUGGGGAUAACCACAAGAAAAAUACCCAGCCAGCAGAUUUGCAUUACCAGUCAAAAGAUGUCUGUCGAAUAUGCACCACCAUGCCUUUGGGCUCGUUCGGUACCGAAGCUGUGUGCUUUGCGUGUUUGUUGCAUUCAGAGUUAAAGAAGGGGGCGGAGAGAGAGAGAGAGAGAGAGAGAGAGAGAGAGAGGAGGAGAUGUGAGGUAAAUAAAUAGUUGCUGUCGAGUUUAACUAAUUAACGGUUAGGUCUGAUUGAACUGAGUGAAGUUGGACACAUAGGUUGUGCUGUCCGUUUGUGAUCUGCGAUCUGGCGUUGACAUUGAGUAGAUGUCGAGUAGAUGUUAAGUUCAAGUUGAUGAGACUGUUGGUGAUGGCCGAUGUGGAGCUGAUGUUGAGCAGAUGUCAGAUGUUGACGUCAAGUUAGUGUAUGGGUCUGGGGGGGAUGAUAUCUGAUUGAGGUCGGUGUUGAUAUCGGAUUGUUUAGUAGGCUAGAUUGAGAUGGAUUGCAAGCUAGCUGGCAAUAGAUUGUGCGAAGCUGAUCGGUCAAUUGGAGGUAAUGAACUAAUCAUCAGUACGGCGGGCCCUGUUUUGUCGAGACCCGGGAUUUGCCUCUCCGAACACUGUCCCUUGUCUCCGCCUGCCUGGUACACCGGUACACAGAAAGCGGUGCCCCCUUCUGCACGGCCACGUUCUUGGGAGAGGAUCACCGUGCUGGUGGUUUCACUAGUAAUAAUCCGAGUCGAGGAGGUGGAGGGGAGGAAUUGGAAUGUAUAGAUGGAUUAACAUUGUCGAGUAGUCGGUAGUCGAGGGAGGUAGAUAAAUAAUUUUCCUGUCCGUUGUGCUGAGCAGAGCACAAAGAAACAAAAGACGAAAAAUAAAAUUACCCGGAGACACAGCCAAGGACAAAGACAGUUGGGCACCCGUCGAUCGAAUUAAGCGAAAGAAACGGUCGUUGACCAACACCUCGUGCUGCUGCUGCUGCUCGUUUCCUCCCGCCUUCUCCUCUGCCCCUUUUUUUGCCAUUCUUUCCUCCCCCUCCCUCCACCUCCACCUUCUCCGUCCUCCCAAGUACUUUGCUGAUGAUAUCGUCUCCAACUCAACCGCAUCCCAUUCUAUCCUCUCCUCCCUCCUCCCUCCUCCCUCCUCCCUCCUCUGCCUCUGUGGGCAUUCUUUUCCUGCCCUCCACUACAUGUUCUCUGUUCUCCAGGUUGUAAUUACAUCGUCUCCAGCUCCUGCUCUUAAGAUGAAUCAGAUGUCACACACACACACACACACACACACACACACACACACACACCUCAUGUGUCGGUGAAAGUGCGAGGAAACAGUCUGCCACAAUCAUGCUUUUUUUGUGGAGCUGUAUGGCGAACAUGUCAAAUACAAUUAAGGGGAUGCAUGUUGGCAGUGGUCAGGUGUCCCCUGUAUACAGUGUA